AUGGCCGGCUUCAUUUGCAUUACAGAAAUCAGUAUUCGGUUACGAACCUUGGCAUUUGAAACAACCCGCAGAUUCACAAGUAACCCCAGCCGCUUUGCGAAUUCCACCUUGGUUCGUCUCGCCGAUUAUCUGUUGACUGGUUACAAGAGGGGGGUGCGCCCUGUACGCGACUGGAGAACCCCCACCACGGUCUCCAUUGAUUUAAUGGUCUACGCUAUUCUAAGUGUGGAUGAGAAAAAUCAAGUUCUAACAACCUACAUUUGGUACCGGCAGCAAUGGAAAGAUGAAUUCCUAGUCUGGGAUCCGAAGGAGUUUGACGAUGUCAAGCAGACCUCUAUCCUGACUAGCAAUCUGUGGGUGCCAGAUAUACUCAUCAACGAGUUUGUUGAUGUGGGGAAGUCCCCUGAUAUCCCGUAUGUUUACGUGGGGAAUGACGGAGAAGUUCGGAACUACAAGCCGAUCCAGGUGGUCACUGCCUGCAGCCUGGAUAUAUACAACUUCCCUUUCGACGUGCAGACCUGCCCCCUCACUUUCAUGAGCUGGCUCCACACGAUUAAGGACAUCAACAUCUCCCUGUUGAGAUCCCCAGAGGAGGUGAUGUUUGAUAAAAGUGUUUUCAUGAACCAGGGAGAGUGGGAACUGCUCCAUGUCCUGUCUGCUUACUCUGACUUCAGUAUUGAUGGCAACGACCACUACGCUGAAAUGAAGUUCUCUGUGGUGAUCAGACGGAGACCCUUGUUUUACACUGUAAGCUUACUGCUCCCUAGUAUUUUUCUGAUGGUGAUGGAUAUUGUGGGGUUCUUCCUGCCCCCUGACAGUGGAGAGAGAGUCUCCUUUAAAAUCACCCUGCUGCUGGGCUACUCUGUCUUCCUCAUUAUCGUGUCCGACACCCUGCCAGCUACUGCCAUCGGGACCCCCCUCAUAGGGGUGUAUUUUGUAGUGUGCAUGGCCCUUCUGGUGAUCAGUCUGACGGAGACCAUACUGAUCGUUCGUCUGGUGCAUAAGCAAGAUCUGCAGCCUCGCGUCCCAGAGUGGGUGAAAUACCUGGUGUUGGAGAGAGCCACUGCACUGUUCUGCAUUCGCAACAAGCACAAGUUUGGACCCCUGCACCCCAAAGAGGUAGAUGUGACCCAGUACAAGGAGAACAAUAUCAAUUCAGCUAAAUUGAACUUCUUUUGUUGCGAGAACCCCAAACACCGCGAGAAGCCCAUGGGGAUGGCUCUGCCUUUAAGAGAAAACACACCGGUCGUGGACAGCAUCCUGCACGAGAUCUCCUCCAUCCGCCAGUACCUGGAGAAACGGGACGAGUACCGAGAAAUCGCCAAGGAGUGGUUGCAAGUGGGCUAUGUUCUGGACGUGCUGCUGUUCCGGGUCUACCUGGUGGCGGUGCUCGCGUACAGCAUCACGCUGGGCACGCUGUGGUCUGUGUGGCAGUAUGCUGAGUGACAGGUAGAGGCUGCUUUAAAAAGGGUCUUAUACCUUUUAUAAUAACUGGUGACAGUGUCUUACAAUGGGCUCAAGCAGUUGAUUUGCCGUUUAUUACGGCAAAUAUGCGCUCAUUAACACCUGCAAAAGAGCACGACCACAGCGCGAGCUGCCAAACUGAAAGG